GAUUUAGUUGAUUUCCAAUUAAUAACACAAAAUUGAAGCUGCGCCUGCAACGGAAAUGACGACCGCAAUACUUUCCUCAACUUGCAGCUGGAGCGGCAAGGGCCUCGUUGAGUUGCCGACUCACCACUCGUCCAUUCACUCUCGUCCUCAUUCCCGUCAAAUAAAUUUCCCAAUUCAGCUGCCACCUACGAAUUUGCACCGCUUAGGGUUACCUCAUUAUCGCGGUUCAUCAUCGAUGCAAUGUGACGCUAGGAAGGGUGCUAAUACGACGUCGUCCGCUUACUCUGGCAGCGCAUUCCCAUCCAGCUGGGAUGAUAAACCCUACGAAGAACUGCCCAGUGGGAAAAUAGCCUACUUAGAUGAGCUGGACAUUGUGGCAUUUCUUGAUCCUCCCGAAGAGCUCAUUCCUCUCGACCCUUCUUCAUAUAAUCCAGCUUCUUACCUUUGGAAAAAAAUUGGAGAUGUACCAGAGCAACGCCGGCAUAGGUUGCUCUCCUUGCUAAACCCAAGGCUAAUAUCGAGAGCUUGGGAGGUAGCUGGGAUGAGGUAUGAUGACCCAAAAUUGGCAAAGAAAAGUGCAUCCAGCUUGCUUUCUCAUGAGCAUGCUGCCACCUCACUUGAAUUUUGGAAAUGCCGAACUAGUGGAGGGCCGCUACUCAUUGCCUGGAUAAAUUACUUCAAAAAGGCGGUCUUUCGUAGUGGUGAUGGGAAGACAUAUGGAAGACUCAUUGGUGGAUCUAUCCUGACUGGGAUUUCAAAUUCUUAUCCACUAUACUUUACGGUUAGGGACUCAAAUGAAGUGAUGUCAACCGAGGAACCUUGUGAUUUGGCUUAUGAAUUCGGAAGUGGACUCUUUGAUCUUCCUGAUUUACCACAGGGCUUUCCUAAGCCAGCAAGACAUCCAUGGCCAUUCAAUGAUCACAUUGUUGUAUAUGUUCGCCACGUGGGCCCGGGGGUAGCCAUUGGACAAGCAUGGCAAGAAGGCGAAGCAUUGGAAAAAGUGCCUAAGAAACUAUGUGGUGAGAUCAUGAUGGUGAAAGAUUAUGCUUGAUUCAAUAUGUCGCUGUUGAUCAAUUGGCAGAAGGAAGAACUGUCAUCGUAAUUAAAUGAAUCAGACAUUCUUUCAUGCCAAAUGUGUCAAACUGGGACGAUAAAAUCAUGUUCGUCACUCAACCUAUAGCUUUGUCAUCCUUCGUUUUAUUGUAUAUACUACGGAUAUGUACUUUACAUUGUUUUCUUUUAUAAACUUUUCCCCCUUUUUGUAUAUAUCAUACAUUCAUAAACACC